GCAGUAGGCGGUGCUGGCAGAGUCAACAGUCCCGUGAAGUCGUGUCUCUCUCGGACUGAGUCGCACCGUUGAGUUCGGACUCGUGGUCGGAUUUUAACUUUAACCAGCAAAAUGAGGCUUCGGUGCUCGUGGCGGUUUCCGGGGGUUUUGGUCUGCGCUCUUUUCCUUCUGACUAACUGUGAGGAGCAGCGAAAACCCGAAGAGAAACUCCUAGUCGUGACAGUCGCAACCAAAGAGACCGAUGGCUUCAGGCGUUUCUUGGGGUCGGCCCAACACUUCAACUACACUGUCAAGGUUCUCGGUCGGGGUCAGGAAUGGAAGGGGGGCGACUACAUGUCGGCUCCCGGAGGAGGCCAGAAAGUCCGACUCCUCAGAGCGGCCCUGGAGGAGAUGAAGAAUGAGGAGCAGAUCAUCCUUUUUAUUGACAGCUACGAUGUGGUUUUCGCCUCGGGUCCCAAAGAGCUGCUCAAGAAGUUCCAGCAGGCCAGACACAGGGUGGUGUUCUCCUCCGAGAGCCUGAUCUGGCCCGACAGACACCUGGAGGACAAACACCCCCACGUCAGGGAGGGCAACAGGUUCCUGGGCUCAGGGGCUUUCAUUGGCUACCUUCCCAACGUCAGAGCAAUGGUUGCUGACUGGAGCGGAGAAGACGGUGACAGCGAUCAGCUGUUCUUCACCAAGAUGUACAUUGAUCCAGCAAAAAGAAAAUCCAUAAACAUCACACUGGACAGCAAAUGCAGAUUGUUCCAGAACCUGCACGGAGCCCUCGACGAGGUGGUGCUGAAGUUUGAGGACGGACGGGUACGAGCCAGAAACGUGCUGUAUGACACGCUGCCUGUCGCCGUCCACGGGAACGGACCGACCAAGCUCCAGAUCAACUACCUGGGUAACUACAUCCCCAACACCUGGACGUUUGAGAGCGGCUGCACAGUGUGCCACGAGGACCUCCGCCCACUCACAGCUCUUAAGGAGAGUGAGUACCCGCUGGUGGUGAUCGGCAUCUUCAUUCAGCAGCCCACCCCCUUUGUCACAGUGUUCUUUGAACGCCUGCUGAAGCUCCAGUAUCCCAAGAACCGGGUCAAACUCUUCAUCUACAACCAGGAAGCUCAUCACGAGCCUCAGGUCAGCUCUUUCCUGAAGGAUCACGGGAGCCUGUAUCAGGAUGUGAAGUUCAUCGGGCCUGAAGAGCAGAUGGACGGAGCUGCCUCCAGAAACCUGGGCUUUGAUACGUGCCGGAAGGACGAGGACUGCGACUAUUUCUUCAGCGUGGACAUUGAAGUGGUCUUACAGAACGAGAACACACUCAAAAUUCUCAUCGAACAAAACCUUCCUAUCGUGGCACCGAUGAUAACUCGAGCUGGCCGACUGUGGAGCAACUUCUGGGGAGCCCUCAGUGCGGAGGGCUACUACGCCAGGUCUGAGGACUACGUGGACAUAGUUCAAGGACGCAGAGUGGGUGUGUGGAAUGUCCCGUACGUGUCCAGUGUUUACCUGGUGAAGGCCAGCCUCCUCCGAUCAGAGCUCACAGACUACGAGCUGUUUAGCUCACACAUCUUAGACCCCGACAUGGCGUACUGUCUCAACAUUCGCAACAAGGGAAUCUUCAUGUACGUAACCAACAUGCACACUUUCGGUCGCAUCCUGUCAACAGAAAACUACCAGAGCAGCCAUCUUCAUAAUGACCUGUGGCAGAUCUUUGAAAACCCAGUGGACUGGCAGGAGCGCUACAUUCACGAGAACUACACUCGCAUCAUGAAAGACAAGCUGAUUGAAACCCCCUGUCCCGAUGUGUACUGGUUCCCAGUUUUCUCUGAUGUUGCUUGUGACCACAUUGUUGAAGAGAUGGAACACUAUGGGAAGUGGUCAGGAGGAGGCAAUGUGGACAAAAGAAUCCAAGGCGGCUACGAGAACGUCCCCACAGUCGAUAUCCACAUGAAUCAAAUCAACUAUGAGAAGGAAUGGCACAAGUUCUUACUGGAGUACAUAGCUCCGGUAACAGAGAAAAUGUAUCCUGGUUACUACACCAAGUGUGCCACUCCCUUGAACUUUGUGGUGAGGUACAAACCCGACGAGCAGCCCCUGCUCGUCCCUCACCAUGACGCCUCCACAUUCACUAUUAACGUAGCUCUCAACAGCAAAGGCGUUGACUACCAGGCUCAGUUUGACUUGGCCUUUGUAGUUAGAUAUAAGCCAGAUGAGCAGCCCUCUUUGAGACCGCACCAUGACGCCUCCACAUUCACUAUAAACAUUGCACUCAAUCAAGUGGGCCUUGAAUACCAGGGUGGAGGAUGCAGGUUCCUCCGCUACGACUGCUCCAUUCAGGCUCCUCGUAAAGGCUGGGCCCUCAUGCACCCGGGCCGCCUCACCCACUACCACGAAGGCCUGCCGACCACCGCCGGGGUCCGGUACAUCGCGGUGUCCUUCGUGGAUCCCUGAACUCCCGAAGACGGCACGCAUCACGGGCUGGUCCAGACCACGCAGGUCCUGCAGCAUCACAGCUGUGACCGUUUCUCUUUUCAUUCCUGCAGCUGCUUGUUUUAAUGUUAUUUUGUUUCUGUCUCACUUAAACAAUUACAUGCAGUUUGUGACUUUGUUGGGCCUCCGUCAGUCAGCGCUCUGACGUAAUGAAACAUAACGUGUCAGAGGAGAACUGGGUCCAAAGUAACGCUUCAUUCAGACCUCCACACACGACUUGGUUUUAAGUGUUUGUGACGCAGACUAGCACAGUGUUACUAAUGUAGUCAAGGCUGGAGUUUCAACCAGGCCAAGGGGGCCCUGGGGCCCCACACCUCCAAGGGUCUGAAAGGUUCAGGUUAGUGCUAACAGGUUUGGGAAUGUGCACCACUUCAUCCCAGUAACAACAGAAGGGCCUCAUAAAGCAGUGAUGAUGAUUAUUAUUAUUAUUAUGUCCUGGUGAGGCAUUUUCUUGUGAAGGGCUCCUGUGAUGUACUUUUAAUGCCCCUAAUGGGUUAAUAACCAGGUACCUGUUGGGUAACUUGUGCAGGUAAAACAUUAAAGUUGAACUCCACCCAUUUUCCACCUCAGCGUCUGUCUCCAGGUGUCUCCAGGUGUCGGGCAGUUCUGCUGCAGAUGUUUUAAAGCAGUAUAAAGCCUUUAGUGUCUCAGAGGGAGGGACCAUACAACUGUCAGGGGAAGAGGUGCACUGUGGGUAAUGUAGGCGCCAGGUUUUGAAGAAGAAUGUGUGGAGUGUGUGAGUGAGGUGACUCUUAACACAUAAAAGCAUGUAAUACUGUUCUGACAGAUUAUCUUACUAAUCGUUAAUAAUGAAAAGGCUCACACACUGGACGCGUUACUUUAGUCCCAGUUCUAAACUAACUUCCUGAACAAUGUCGCCUUUUUGAAGAACAGAGUAGCUCACUUGGAUCAGUGUCCGUUUAUAAACGGCAGUCUUACAUCAGAGAUUAUAAUUCUCCAUCCAGCUGUGGGAGGAACGAGCUGCUGCUGUCAUCAUGUGGUCCUGGUCCUGGUCCUGGUCCCGGUCGGUCUGUGGUGUGAAUCAAUAAUGCCUCUGAUCCUGUUGUGCCUUGAGCUGGACUUCUCUCAGGAAAUCAGCAAGAGUUCAGCUUAGACGUUUCAUGCUUAUGUUUGUGAAAAACCUUUAUGUUGUUGUACUUUACUUCCCUAACCAAAGCUGUUCUGCUCUAAUUCUCUCUGGAACUGAGACACUCAAAGCCUGUCGAGACUAUUAUAUUUAUUUUUUUAUAUUUUCCCUCACUGAUGUUGGUCGCACAGUUUCUACCGGUGUGCUUUGAACGCAACCUGAAUAAAACAGUGGACCCGCCUGAA